UUUCUUUCUUGACAACGCCUUCAGGCGUCAGCUGCACCGAAACUUGACGGAGCUCACCUGCCUGGCUGGCCGGGUGGGAAAGGACGCGCAGUGAAGAAGAAACUCGCCUGGAAAAAUAACUUUCCCACGCGCUGUCAGCUCUGGCAAUAUGAACUCGCUACCUCUUGUUUUUGAGGAAUUGUUGCACUUUUGAUCCGCGACUGGGACGUUUAUGGCUCUGCGGACCGUGCGGUUUCAGUAAGAAAAAAAGUAAGAACUAACAGGCACUUCCGGGUUCAGGAAGGCUUAAGAGCACAGCUCCCAUUAAACUGGGAGUGGGAAGCAAACCAGCAUGGACAUUGAGCUGCAACCCAUCAAGACGAAUGGGAACGACGGAGCAGCACAUUUGUCAAACGAACGUGUGCCAGCAAGUAAUGGAGAUGGUGCAGCCUACAGGAUCUCUGAUGCAACAGAGACAUGUGGGUUGCUUUCUGUACAGACUGCAGGAUGUAACGGGGAGACGGCACCCUCUGCCCCUUUAGCAGAAGUUCAAGGGAAUCUGGGAAAUACUUACAAUCCUCAGGAGGAUAGCACUGUGUGCAGGGUGAAGAAAGAGCUGAAUGAGAUUGUCUUCUUGAAAGUCAGACUAUGGAUGAUCAUCAUCUUCAUCUUCCUUCUCAUCUUUGCUGUGAUUAUGAUAUCACUGGCUGUGUGCUCAGCAAUCCAUGAGGAUGUGGAUGAGAACUUUGACCGUUCGUUGUUUAAAGUUCCUCAGUACCUCAAUGGCAGCUUCCAGCUGCCCCAUCUGGUCUUCACAGAGGAGCUUUCUACCUUCUCCUCCAAUGAAAGUCAAACACUUGCUGCUGAACUUCAAGAAAAGCUGGCUGACCUCUAUAGAUCCUCCCCUGCUCUGGGACGAUACUUCUCCAGAGCUGAGAUAUAUGCUUUUAGGAAUGGCUCAGUCAUCGCUGAGUACCAGCUGACAUUUCUCAUGCCUCAAGAGCAGGAAGAUCAGCUGAGAAACUUCACUCUGAGCAAGGAGAUGGUGUACAAUGUGCUCAGACAGUUUCUAUACGACCAAGAGCCAAAUGAGUCAGGGGAAAUGUACAUUGAUCCAGAUUCCCUGAACAUGUUUUUAAGGCACUAGUGACAAAUGUUCACAAACAGAAAGGAGAACUGCUUUCUUUGCCAUUUAAGUGAGACACUCAGCUAACACUAAACCCCCUGCUGUGAGUGAGGUGGCUGCUUGUAUCAUAUGAUUUGUCAGACUUAAGUGAUUCUCCCACGGGUCUGUCGACAUUUUGCAUAUGAUGCAUCUUUGCCACAGAAGCCUCAACGGCCACAGGCACACAAACCAACUAUGGCUGUAAGUCAUAUGGAUGAUCUCAUUCUGUGCUUUGUAAAAUAGGCUUUUAAGACAGUUUAUUAAAAUCAAUCAACGGUGCGGGACCUCUUUGCUAAAAAGGGACAUCUGCCUGUGGUCAAAGCGAGUGGUUUAAAAAUCAGGGCCUUGCUGAGUAUAUGAAAUACAAUUUUUCCAUGUUGUAUUUGAGACUUUAUUGUGUAUGACUGUGCCUUGUUUAACUGAAAGUUAAAAUGUUGGUAUAAAUGUCAGUGCUGUAAAUACUUACAUCAAUUCCCUGACAAUUACUGUGAUU